AUGAGUUGUACAAACAAUGAAGGAUAUGAGAGCGAUACGAGCGUCUUUCUGAGGAAAAGUGGCUUCAGUAAGAGGACGUUGGAAAAGAACAUCGAGAUUGAAAGACUACAAGAGAAGAUUGUACAUAGCGAAAGGCAGCACAAGGAAUGCAUUGCCCACUUACAAGACGAACUGACAAGAUGCCACGCGAGGCUUCGAGAAAGACUUGCAACGGAUGGUCAAUUUGAAGAGUUGAUGGGACUCGGGGGUCGUGGAGAUUUUAGAUCGUUUGGUAUGCUGCGCGUCUACGAGAACAUGGCAUUGAAUAUACUAUCUGUAAAGCCCAAUUUUCAGGAGACUGUCUCCAAAGAUGCUUACGCCAUGCUUUUCUCCUGGUGCUACAAAUCUUGGCUAACCCAGGACUUGGCUCGCAAUAUUGCCGGAGGAAUACGGAUUCUCUCGCGAGACAAGGAGCUUAAGAACGAUUUACUCGAUUGCGGUGCUCUCGAAGCUAUGAUUCAAAUCAUCAAAUCUUUCCAAAAAACCAAAGCUUUUGCUGCUCUUGAGCAUGCCUUGGCGUCAAUAUCAAAUUUUUGUAUCAAGAAUUCAAUCGCUCGACAAGUCUUGGUUCAAACAGAAGGCACGAUAUCACUUCUUUGGAUGCUGCUAGAGGGUAUAAGGAUUCUCAUCGAGUAUGUCGACGACAAUUAUCCUCCCGCUGUCAUCGAGAAGGCUUGCUCUGCUCUAGCCCACAUGUCAUGCGGGAUCGGUUUGAAGGAUGAAAUUGCACAGCAUGGAGGCAUUGAAGCAGCCGUGGCUGUUUGUAACAAAGCUGUAACUCCAGGACAAUUCGAGCUUUUGAAAUUAUGUGGUGGAGUGAAUGCUUUGAUACAAAUCAUCGGCUCGUGCAGGAAAGAAUCAGUUCUAUAUCAAGCGGAAGCUGCACUGUCAAAUGUUGCAACCAACGAAUUUUGUCGCGCAGAAUUGAAACGUAAAUACGGAUGGACAAAGGAGAAAUAUUAUGACAGGAACGCUUCUUUGUCAUCUCCUCACGCAAGCGUAACAUCACCGCUGAACAAGGUAGGCACCAAAGUGAGGAUGGGUUAG